CAUGGAUGCAGCUGCUUCCCAUCAGUCAUAGGUUGGGUCAUAGGUCAUCUAGCAGCCUUUGUGUGUGCGCACGCUCGAGUGAGGGUGGGGUAUAAGUUUCAGCAGCGAGAAGACAAAGGCGAGAGAGACUUCAUUCUGACAUCUUUUCCCAAUCAGCCGUGCGUCACUGAAGUUUUCCUUCCCCGAGCCAACCACUUUUCCACGGCUUGCUUUUGAAGACCAGCUGACCACCGAAGAAAAUCCACCACACACUGGUGAAGCAUUUGAAGAAAAAGAAAGGGCUCCUCUUCUGUCCUCCACUUGCGGGCUGCGUUGGCACCUUUAUUUGCCACAGACACACCUGACAGUGGUUGCAGCGAGAAAAUGUCUGCAAGGACCACAGCAAAGUACGUGGAGGAAAAGGACCGCAGUCGUCCACGACUGGAAGCUCUUUGGCUCCAGCCUCAUGUUGUGUUGGGAGGAGCAGCCAUCGGUGAAGCUAUUCGUCCUAAUCUGCAGGAGCCAGAGCGCACAGAUGUGGGCAAAGAGGUCCAUCACUUGAAUGAACAAAUGGAGCAGAAGUUUCUUUGCUCCAUAAAAGAGGAGGAUGAGUGGCCUUGUAUUAAAGAGGAGGUAGAAGACUCCUGUGACAUUAAAAGCGAGGAGGAGGAAGAUACCUGCAAGAUGCCUUUGACUGGUGUUCCUGUGAAGAGUUUAGAUGAAGGUCAACAUGAGAUGAGCAAAGGGGUGGACCCUCCAAGCUGCAGCUCAAGUCAACAAAUGACCAGAGAAGGUGAUGGAGACCACUGUGGGGGGUCACAAGCAGCUUCACCAUCAGAUAGUGAUGACUUGUCAUCAUUUGCUCCUGCUGCUGAUGAUGAGUCUCAAAACAAACACAACCAAUGUUCUCAGUGUGGGAAAUAUUUUGCUAAAAACAGUGUUUUGAAACGACACAUGACAAUGCACACAAAAAAGAAAAGCUUUUCCUGCUCAGUUUGUGGCCAAGAAUUCUCUCAGAGAGGACAUUUAAAUGCGCACACAAUAAUCCACACUGGUGAGACACCUUUUUCCUGCUCAGUUUGUGGCAAAAAUUAUUGUUCUAAGGGAGUUUUAAAAACGCACGCAAAAAUCCACACUGGCGAGAAACCUUUUUCAUGCUCUGUUUGUGGCCAAACAUUCUAUCGUGGGGCAGAAUUAAAACUUCACAUGAGAAAGCACACUGGCGAGAAACCUUUUUUAUGCUCAGUUUGUGGCCAAAGAUUCGUUCGUAAGGAUUUGCUAAAACUUCAUACAAGAACCCACACUGGUGAGAAACCUUUUUCAUGCUCUGUUUGUGGCCAAAGAUUUGCUCGUAAGGAAGUUUUAAAAAUUCACGCAAGAAUCCACACUGGCGAGAAACCUUUUUCAUGCUCAGAUUGUGGCCAAACAUUCUCUGCUCGUGGACAUCUAGUACGUCAUAUAAGAGGCCACACUGGCGAGAAACCUUUUUCUUGCUCACUUUGUGGCCAAAAUUUCUCUCAGAAGAGAUUUUUAGAAAGGCACACAAGAACUCACACUGGUGAGAAACCUUUUUCCUGCUCAGAUUGUGGCAAAAGAUUCCGUCGUGAGGGACAUCUAACACUUCAUAGAAGAAUCCACACUGGUGAGAAACCUUUUUCAUGCUCAGUUUGUGGCCAAAAAUUCUCUCAGAGGGCAUAUUUACAUUCACACACAAGAAUCCACACUGGUGAAAAGCCUUUUUCAUGCUCAGUUUGUGGCCAAAGAUUUUCAGCAAAGAAAAGUCUAACACUUCAUACAUUAACCCAUACUGGUGAGAAACCUUAUUCUUGCUCAGUUUGUGGCCAAAGAUUCAGUCGUAAGAAAUCUUUAACAGUUCAUACAAGAAUUCACACUGGCGAGAAACCUUUUUCCUGCUCAGUUUGUGGCCAAAAAUUCUCAAGAAGGGAACAGUUCAAAACGCACUCAAGAAUCCACACAGGUGAGAAACCUUUAUCCUGCUCAGUUUGUGGCCGGGAAUUCGGUUGUAAGGCAACCUUAAAAAGACAUACGAGAAUCCACACUGGCGAGAACGUUGUUGCCUGCUCAGUCACUUGCCAAAGAGUCUCUAUUGAGAAUUCCGAGUGUGUUGGGGAGACGGGCAAUGAUCCGUGAAGUUUUCACCUUCUAUUUGAGCAGACUUCAUGUGUUUUUGCAUCAAUGAUAAUUCGAUGUACCUAUUGAUUGGGAUGCUGAACUCCUUUUCUUUACCACAGUUCAUAUUUUCUUCAGACUCGUCGUCAGUUGCAGUUCAAAUUAUUCCACUGGCCCAUAUAACUAGAUAUGAACUAUAUAUCAUAUAACAAUAAUAUAAACAACAAUUUUAUUGAACCAUCCGUGUCACUCCAAAUCAUCCAUUGAAAUCUUCGUCCUUUGUGUAAACGCCGGCGCUUCUUAACCCGGAAGCGUGUGCGGUGUGCCGCUGAUGUCAGUUGCAGUUCAACUUAUUCCACAGGCCCAUAUAACUAUAUAUAGACUAUAUAUCAAACUAUAAUAUAGACAACAAUUUUAUCAAACCAUCCGUGUCACUCCAAAUCAUUAAAUCCAUCAGAAUCUUCGUCCUCUGUGUCACUUAAAAAAAAAAACAGCUGUUGACUCCAGGACUCCAUGCGCCGCUCACGUCAGACUCGUCGUCAGUUGCGUCAAUUUACGUGUACAAUAUAGUAGCGUUACUUUGGUAACGCUACUAUAUUGUAGCGUUACCAAAGUACCAGGCAAGACGUGGGUUUGGUAACUGGCUCUUUAUGUACAAAAACAAGAGCUCAGUGAGCCAACAACAAUCGUGCCCAUCCUGCUGCCUUCACAGCCUCCCUUGGCAAUGUGAAACUACUGAACUGUAACGAUAAAUAUAUGUAUCGCUACACGGAAUAAAAUAUAUAUCAAAUAACUAUAACAUAAAUAAGUGUCAAACCUUCUGUGUCACUACAAAUGAUUAAAUCCUUCAAACUCUCGCCAAUGGUGACUUGAUCAAAGCAGGCCUAAAGCACCCUCAUCCAGUUUGGUCUGAAAAUAACAUGUGAAGUGAAUCUCUUUCACAAUGACAAUAAUGACGGUGUGAAUUUGUGAGUGACAAAAAAAAAUGUGUUAAAAAUUUCACAUGUACUGUAAGUCGCUCCUGAGUAUAAGUCGCACCCCCACCUAAACUAUGAAAAAAGGUGCGACUUGUACUCCGAAAAAUACGGUAAUAGUUAACCACCCUCGGGAUGAUAAUAAUUUUGUAUUUUUCAUUAUACUUGGUGUUUAUUUAGUUUUUAGUUGUGUUUUUUAACUGUAAUUAGUUUGAUUUCAUAUUCAGAACAAGUUGCUUAGUUUUUAAGAUUGUUUAGGGUUUUGUUUUGUUCAGCUUUUAAUGUUUAUGUUAAGGAUUUUGUCUCCAUAUUUGUCAAGACUGGUUAAGAAGAAAAAUCAGAAGCAAGCAAGACACUUUUUUUUCUUUCUUGCGCUUGUGUGGCGAUUCAGCCCUGCUCUCUGCACUGGUAAAAGCUAACCAAUCAAAAAGGGGCAUGACACACCAUAUCUGAAGCAAAAUGAGACAACUAGGGGGAGAAAUAGAAAGCUGAGCUGCACAAUGAUUUAAACUCUCCUCCAAAAGUGAGGCCAAUUCUUUUCAUUUUGCAGUGACAAUAGAUGAAGCAAUUUGUGUCGAAAUGCUGAAUGACAAAAUAUGAAAGCAUGUGGAAUGCCUUGGAAUCAUGAAAUAAAAUGAGAGUGAAUUGUACGGAAUGACAUUGAACAAUAUGGAAUAAUGUGGAGAAGUAUUGAAUCAUAUAGAAUUAUGUAGAAUGAUAUUAAACGAUGACAAAUGAU